CACAGCAGCUCCUUCCUCCUCUGUGUCAUUCACGUGAUGCACUCACUUCGUUCUUCAGCAGAUCGUUAAGUUAUUAAUGUUACAUAAAGUGGACAGCUCGCUCGCCUACAAACCAGUCAGCGUCAGACUCUAAUGCAUCCGGUGAACUCAGCAGGAAAACUUCAUCCUCACAUGUUUGAUCGCUUUCAUGGAGAGGAACGCAUGUGCCCUGGAUACACCUAGCAGAGAGCGCAGAUCCGUGAACAGGGAAAUGAUGAUCCGGAUCCUUCUGCUCCUCAGCCUGACUUUAAUUGACUGUACAUUUGUUGAGGAAAGGACUCUGACCUAUGAGGCAGAGGAGGACGACAACAUCACCAUCAGAUGGGACAUUCAGAUCCAAACUGAUGCAGCUCUCACCAUCAUGAAGUGUGUUUUCCUCUCAGAUGUCACAGAGAUUCUGUAUGAAAUGAUCAGAGGAGUCGAGGACUCAGAGUCUCAGCAUGAGCAGUUUGAUGGACGUGUUCAGAUCGACAGAGACGCUCUGAGAGGAGGAGAAAUCAGACUUCAUCUGUCCAGAGUCACAGUCAAAGACUCUGGAAACUACAGCUGUGAUCUGGCCACUAAAUAUAACAGGAUCCUGGGAAGAUGGGAGCUCGAGAACUCAGAGUAUUUUGCCUUGAAAGUUGUGACCAAAAGUGAAGUGACCCCCAAAACUACAAACUCUGGACUGACAGCAGCUGAAGAUGAUCAAGGACAAAGAGCAAAAGAAGACCUGAAAAUUGUGCUUCAGCUUUGCAUGUUGGCCACUUUAAUCAUUCUCAUGGCACUGGGAGCUUCAGGCAGCAAUUACUCGUGGAGAACAACAAAAAAAAAUCCAGAUCCAGCUCAUGAGCUCGAGCUCCUGGCAGAGACGGGCCAUGAGGAGGAGCUAUUUAACUGAGCAAAGAACAGCCUGUGGACAGACAUCUGUCAGUGUGAACAGCUGGAUGACAUAAUUCUCCACAUCCUCAUCUGUGUGUGCUUGGAUUAAAUACAGGAACACUAAAACAGUAAUCAAAUAUAUAACUGUAUUAUUGUGAUAUAUUUAUACUCUUUAAAGCUGUUCUUAUUUAUCUCUGAAUAUGUCUACAUAAAUUAUUUCUGUAAUGAGAAUCAAAUUAUUUAUAUUUUCUAUGAACUUAUCUAUUAUAAGCAUAUUUAAAACUAAAUCAAACAUUUUAUAACUGUGAACAUAAAUGCGACUCUAUUAUUUCAUGCGGUGCUAAACUUUAAUAAUUUUUUAUAUAUCUGUCUUCAGACAAACAGAAUAGAAUUUACCAGAAAUUUUACUUUAAACAUGACCAAAUAUCAUUAGGGUGACACUUAUUAGCAUUAACCAGAUAUUGCACCUAAUUGCUUUCUGCACACCAGUUAACGUCUUAAUUAAUAGAAAAUGUACUUCUUCAGUUUUCUUCAGUUAAUUAUCAGAAAACAGAAAAAAAAAAAAUCCAAGGCAUCAGUGCUUCUUUCUAUGCUGUGGACUUUAAACUGGUUAUUUUGCUGUUGAAACUACACUGUAUGGACAAAGGUACUGGGCCACCUACACCUGACACCUGCAGGAGCUGCCCGGUGCAGUUUUUGUGCAGUUUCAAUGUCAGAGGAGAUCUGGAGAUCUGCAGCUGCUGAGUCAGCAGAGAGCUGCCCCCAGGACUCACUGACUUUGCUGUGUAAUUUUUUUGUGGUCUGCCACUUCAUGGCUGACUUGCUGUGGUUCCUAAACACUUUGGCUUUGCAGUAAUACCACUCACAGGUGAUCAUGGAAUAUAGAGGAGGAAAGGCAAUUCAAGGACUGAGUUGUUGCAUUAGUGGAAUCCUGCUGCAGUACCACACUGGAAUUCAGCGAGCUCUUUAAAACGGCUCAUCUCUUUCAAAACUGUCUGUACAGACAGACUGCAUGGUAGGAGCUUGGUUUUAUACAGCUGUGGCUGUGGGACUGAAAACACCAGAGUACAAAGAAUGUGGCCCAAUACUUUUUUCCAUACGUGAUACAUACCAUUAUAUUGAUGCUCAGAAUAAAAAAAAAAAAAAAGUCAUGGUGAAAUUAUUUUGUUUGAGGCUGUGAUACGUGGAGUGGCAGUUAAACAGAGCUUAAAUAUCAGACAGAUCAAAAAUUAUGGAGGAAAUAAAGCAAUGACAAAUUGUUGUGGUGCAUUUUUUCCUUCACAAAUAAAAUGUUAC